AGUAAAUACUAGUAACCAUCCUACAUGUAAUAUCACAGGCCUGACAACUAUGGAACUAUACACAUGAUACACUCACACUGGAUAUAUUCUAUACGUGGACUUUAAACUAUCACAUUGCUUUAGUUUUGUUUAAAUUUUAAGCAACGAAACAGAUAUUGCCAGAGCAAUUGUAUGGUGAAAUCUCAGGGAAAUCUCCAACUGCAGAGCAGGAAUUAUUUGAUCACCAAAAAACGGAAAAGUGACUGGCUCUCUGAAUCUUGGGAACUGGUAUUGAUGUGUAUGGACCAGUGAGCAGAACAAGAUGGAAGACUUAGAUAUUUGUGAAGAUUUGUACGAUCGGAAGAUUGAGCCAAACAGAUGUCAACUUAUCAAGUACAUAGAAACAGGAGAUAUUUUGGAUGAACUGAGACAAAAUCGAACCAUCGGCAUUGAUGAUUAUGAGGAAGUACAAGCCUGCGCCAGCCGUAGACGGAGGACAGCAAAGCUUUUGGACAUCUUGCAAACUAAAGGAGACAAAGGUGUGGAGGAAUUUUUAAAGACGAUUGAGCUGAUUUAUCCAGACCUGUAUCAGGCAGUGACGGGAGAAUCACCACGGAAACCCCCUCCUAAUUUCUUACGUUGUAGUCGGAUGCCGUCCAUGCGUACCAUUAACCACCUGCCACAACUUGCCCAGGAACUGAAGACACAGUACCAAAAUAACAAACAACUAGUUCAGCAACUACAGGAGUUAGAGAAUGCCAUGGUGUUUGAACAGAAUGAUAACAAAGAAUUGGAGAAAGAAAAUUCUGAACUCAGAAAACGGAUUGACAGUUUGAAAAAAGGCAGUGAUGCAUUGGAAUCUCAAGUGGCAAGCUUUAUGACAGAAAACCACAAACUCAAGGAUGAAUCCCUAAACUACCUGAAGACGAGCCUGGAAUACCACCAACAGUCUGAGCUGUAUAAACAGAGGGCCCGGGAGAUACAGACAGAGAAAGAUGAGAUGGAACGGACAUUUCGUCGAAUACGACAGGAACACCAAGAGGGAGUGCGCCAGUCACGAUUAUCUUUUGGUGUCUCCAUACGACCAACAGAACCAGACCCAUCCGUCCCCUCCACAGAUGUGACUGACCAGUCUGCUCUAGAAGCUAACUUGAUGCUGCAACAACAAAUGCUGAAUGAGAAGCUAGAAGAAAUGCAGCAAGAAUUGGCCCAGACAGCUGAAGAUCUCCAUAUGUCACGCACACAGACUGACGAGUUCCAGAACCUGCAUAAAAAUGUGAAGGAAACCUGUGAAAGACUGAAAAAAGAGAGGACAAAGAUGGACAGUCUCCUAGAGAAACAGCUGUCUACAACCAACCAUUAUUUUGAGAUGAUCCAGAAAUUGGAAGAUGACAAGAAAAUGUUAGAGGACGAGCGCAUUAAAGAACAAAAGAAAGUGAGUGAGGAGUCGGAGAAGAGAAACAAACUGUUCAUGGAGAAACAUAAAUUGGAACAGGAUUAUACAGCGCUGUGCACUGAAGUGGAAUAUUUACGUGGAAAACGCAAUUCACAGGAGAGCCAGGACAGUUCUGACGACCAGCUAUCUCAAGUUUCGAACUCGCGUGAUGGAGAUGUGGAAAGAACUAGAGAUAAAAGGAGUGGAAUUUAUAGCAACAAUUCGUCCAUCCAUGUCCACCCAGGUACUGUUCGCAAGCCUUCUGACCGCAUUACAGAUCAGAUCCCUAGCAGACUGAACACACAGGUGGCACGACUGAUGGUGUCAGGCCCCAGAAAUGACGACAAUAAUGUACCAGAAAGGGUUUAUCGGCGUGGCAAACUGAAAGAUGGUCAGUACGUAACCAUGGAAAUGAUAGACGAGGUUCCAGGUGAGGAUAAGUCGUUCAAGUCAGAUGAGUCUGUCCACACAUCAGAAGACAACGGCCUGUGUCCAGUACUAGAGGAUAUGUUAGCUCCAUACAUACAGUCCUCGUCCACCAAUCCUCCUUCCACCUACACCAUAAAGAUACCAACGCCCUUACUAAAGGACAAGUUUGAAAUCACAGGUGGAAACAUGACUGGCAUCUAUGUAAAGAAGGUCACCAAGAAAAAAUUAUCCCAAAUUCAGGAGGGGGACAAGAUACUGUCGGUGGGGGUGUUCAUCACUGACGUACAGGCACUCCACACGGACUUGGUGUACCGCACCUUUGAGGAGGCCACACACAUCCUGCAGGCCCAGGCAGACCCCAGACAUGCUAAUGUGGUAGAGAUCAAACUACAGAGGGACCCAGACGAAUAUGAAAGAGCACUUAAAUGGAUAAAUCUGCAGGGCAGUGGAGAUCUUUUCUACGUCAAGAGUAACUUUACAUUGGAAGAAGAAAACAGUUGCCCCAAUAUACAAAAUGGGGAAAUCUUUUGUGUUUCGUCUACCAUGACGGGGAUUUCUGAUAAAUACUGGAAAGCAUUUCGAUUUGACAAUGAGAACAAUUCAUGGUCAAAUGAUCCAGUAUCAUUACCCAAUGUCUCUGAGGUGUUAAAGCUAAGACGAGCGGGAAUAAGUGCAAAUAGACAACGUGGCCGCGCGCAAGCAUUCCGACAUCGACCAUAUUCACGAGUGUUGCCAACAAAAUCACCAAGCACAGAUUACAGUACAGACAAUGAAGCCUUGUCCCAGUCUACGACUUUCCCCGUGAGUACCAAGUUUGAUGGCAAAGUACACUGGCACAAGGAAGGGAAGCUGGAGAUGAUGGAUGUGGAGAGAUACCGCCACCUGCUGGGCUAUAGCUCUGAUGUGUCUUUUGCUGCUACCAGCAUUGACCUUGACGGCGACACCUCAAAGAUAUGCAACUCUAUUUGCUUAUCAAACGAAGAUUUUUCCACAAAGUAGAAUAUGAAUAGGUUAUAGAGAUUUAUUUUUGAUUGGCUAAAUAUUUUAGUGAAACUGUGAUAGUGUGGGCUUUUGAUUGGUACAUUUAUUUUGGUAAAAGUCCUGAAGACCAAGGUCUCCUCAAGAGGGCAAAGAUCAAGUCAGUCUAAUUCUUGUUGGACAAAAAAACUAUGAAUGACUGAGUAUUUGUAAUUAAACUUAAUUCAGUUGAAUGUAUCAUGACUAAACAGUGUGUCACUUUCAGAAGUUUGUCAUAUUCCAAUCUUAGGUCCAUAUCCCAAAGGUCUUCCAUGUACAAACCUUAGGUCCAUGUGUUGGUAUGGACAUGUACUGCUUUGUAAUACUUCAUUCAGCAUGUUGUUUGACAAGACUUACACAGCAGUUCAAUGCUGGAGACCUAUACUGGCAGACGUAGACUUUUUUUAUUGCUGACCAGACAUGGGCUGGUACGCUGAUCAUUUUUAUAGUACCGUACUAAAAAUGUGCAGUACUGUAUAACAGGAAAUGUUCGUGGAUACUUUCCUUCGUGGUAUGAAGCCAUUUAGAUCGUUUGGUGGGCCAAACUUUCGUGGAUAUCCUAUAUUAACAAACAGUAGACACUUACCAUUCAAAUUUGUUGUAUAGCAACUACGAAAAAAUCAGGCAUGUUUAUACACAACAGACAUUUCUUGACAUACAGUAUAUGAUGAAAAGGAUAUGAGAUGACCAUUUCUAUAUCCUAUCCUGUUUUAACCCCUGACCAAUAUCAGCCCUUGGCCCAUGGGUGUCCAGCCCCUUGGGUCUCACAUGGAGGUCUCGCGUUAAUACAGGGUGGGAUAUGGAAAUGAUCAUACAGUCACUCAUAAUAACGGAAUACAGAGGUUUGUUUGUGACAUCAAAAUGAGUAUCAAUACAUGUGCCACGUGUGUGUGUUGAUGUUACUACACUGUAUUUACCGCCUGUAAUAAAUUGUAUAGAGAAACAUAUGAAAUGUUUCCAUAGUUCCAAAAUGAUUUCAAGAUGGCUGUAAUUUUCAGAGAUUAAUGCGUUGAAUAUCUUUGACCAAAAGGAGUGUUACUAGGUGGGGAUACUGUAAUUUAGGUGUGUAUAUCUUUAUGUUGUUAAAGUGAUGUUAAUAUCCUGGGUCACUGAGCUUCAACUUUUCACAACUUUUUACUUGAAUCCCACAAUGUAUCAAAAAAUGAAUGUUUAUAUCACUGAAAUCCGUGUGAGCCUAUGCACAGUAAUAUAUAUAGUAGUAGAGUAAUAUGUGACAGUAAUAUAUGUAGUAGUAGAGUAAUAUGUGACAGUAAUAUAUAUAUAGUAGUAGAGUAAUAUGUGCACAAGUUUGUGUUUACAUUAUCAUUACAAAUGGCAUUGAUGGUUUGUUAAUCCUACUUAUAACAUCAAUGCAUGUUAUCAUAUCAUAACUUUUUUAAGAUCUGUGUUUAUUUGUGAAACAGGGUUCCUUAUUAGUGUGUUCGAGGUUUUUCAUUCAAAUGUUAUACAUGUAUUGUUCUUUGCUGGCAUUGUUGAUGUUUUACAUAGUUUGUAUAUAUUUUUUCUAUUUUUUAACAAAGCGUUGAUUCCUGUUAUGCUUCAUAUCCAAAUGGUUUGUUACAGUGUUGCCUUGGGGGUCAUUUUAGUCCUUAAAAAGAAGACUUCAUACAUAAUGAAAUCCUGGUACAGUAAAACCCCCACUUCCUUGAACUCAGUUUACUCGAAUACCCCUCAUUCAUCGAACAGUUUGUUUGGUCCUGACAAGUUCGUACAUAUUCUUUGUAAAGUAACCCCGGAUUAGUCGAACCAUUAUUCCUCGAUUACUCUGUGUUCCUCAAACAAAAAAUUGUCCUCGACUCUUGAUGGUCAUAGUAUUAAUUAAUCCUGUUUAUUCGUCAAACAGGUGUGACAUGUCAUGCCUGACAGAUAUUUUACCUGUGUAUCACACUGACACUUCGAAAAUACCUUGGGCUAAGACUUCAGUUUACCAGUAUCGGAGAUAUGCUUAAUAAUAGCUUGUACUAUUUACAAUACGUACGUUUGUUUAAUUAUUAUCACUCAAGAUUUGACAGAUUUAUACUUGACGAUCUAGGACCAACAUCGGAUUACUCGAAUACCAUGUAUUCUUCGAACUAUUGUUCUGGGUCCCACAAGUUCUAGUAAGUGGGGUUUUACUGUAAAUGUGAUCCUAUGUUGAGUUUCUAUGACACCUGGGCGCAAUAUAUAUGAGCUGAGACAUCUAGCGCAGAUUUCAAUUGGGCCAAUACGAGCUUUAAGCUCAUUUCCCGGCCAUCCGGAUCAAGGUAAAUCAAGGUAAGGUAAAAUCAUUAAACUACUGGUGUACUUAUAUCAACCACAAAGGUGCAUUUAUUAUAUGGUAAGGUUAGGCAUAACCAUGACAUAUUUUCUAUUUCUAUAUACAAUGUUUUAUGGCAUUUUAGUCUCUAUUUUACCAUGUGGUGAAUUGAUUGUACACAGUGGUGUGUUACUGGUAUGAACACCCCUCGUGUCUCCAUAGAUGUCUACCAUGAAGUUUGUUUUAUCGUAGGGUGAAUUGAUAGUACACAGUGGUGUGUUACUGGUAUGAACACCCCUCGUGUCUCCAUAGAUGUCUACCAUGAAGUUUGUUUUAUCGUAGGGUGAAUUGAUAGUACACAGUGGUGUGUUACUGGUAUGUCUACCAUGGAGUUUAUUUUACCGGGCGGUGAAUUGAUAGUACACAGUGGUGUGUUAUUAGCUCACCUGGCCCGAAGGGCCAAGUGAGCUAAUAACACACCAUUGUCCGUCCAGCGUCAACAUUUUACUUUAAACAACUUCUUCUGAAUAACCAAGACUAGCAUAGGGUGAUGAUAUUUGGCCAGUAACA